CCUGAAGCGUCUAAUAUUGCCUCAUGGAAUCCUGGCAAUCUUUCUUUAUCUGCACUUCCUGUACUAAAGCCUGUGGUGUCUGAUUCACAUGAAUCAGAGCCUAUCUUUUAUUCUGCUCUUGAAUCUCCUUAUCCAUUUGCGACUUUGAAUAAUCCUGCAAUCAGCAUGACUAGCGGUUUAGCUGAGUUGGCGAUCCAAGGACCGAAUUCUGAAAAGAUUAACCCCUCUACGCUGCCUGUCCUCACGCCUCUUCAGGAAGGUCUCUUAAAGCGUUUUCCAACUCCCUUGAAUCCCUUGAUAAAUUAG